AUGAGCCGUAUCCUCAAAGGCUUCAAGAUGGCCUCUGCCCAGAAGACCAAAGCAGCCCCACUCACGCACUUCCUGUGUAUCCCUCUGGUAACCGCAGCCUCGCGUCCCCAGCUGUCUCAUAGCCUUGCGUCUUUCCGAGACGAUGUCACUCGGCCAAAAGGUCUCGGAGGGUUCGACCUCCCGUUCGAUGCGGUCCGACCCGUAGGAACGCUGCAUCUGACUCUAGGGAUGAUGUCCUUCCCAAAGGAUGAGGGUUUGGACAGGGCCAUCGAGCUGCUCAAAUCGCUAAAGUUGCGGGAAAUUCUAUCCACGAUUAAGGCGCCAGUGAUGCCAGGAGCGUCGGAUGUGGGUGCAACCAAGGACCAGCCACAGCUUUUGAUCACACUGAAGGGCCUGCAUGCCUUCGGGAAAGCAGAGAAAGCUACAGUCCUCUUUGCGCCCCCUUCCGACCAGUUGGGGAUCCUCCAGGGGUUCGCUGAGAAGAUCAAGGCAUUGUUCAAAGACGCCGACCUUCUCACCGCUGAUGACAGGCCAUUGACGCUGCAUGCAACGAUCGUCAACACAGUCUAUGUGAAAGGACACAGAAAUAGCCACGGCAAGAACAAGGGGGAUCGGGUCUUUGUCAAUGAUGGCCAGGCUAUUAUGGAUCGUUACGAAGACGAGGUAUGGCUGGAGAAUGCGCCUCUAGAAAAGGUUGCCAUCUGCAGGAUGCGCGCCAAACCUAUCGAGGAAAACGGCAGAGUGGUCGAUGCCGCGUACGAAGUUGUGGCUGAGGUUGUAUUUUGA